AUCCUAUAUAAAUAUCUUAAUAAAUUUUAUUUAAUCUAUAUUAACAACAUGUUAAUUUAUAUUAAUAAAAAUAUUAAUAAAUACUAUAAAUAUAUACAAAAAAUACUACAGAAACUUAGAAAAGCCGGUUUAUUCUUAAAUAUUAAAAAGUAUAAAUUUAAAUAA